AUGACGCGGGAAAUGCAAGACGAGCUCGCAGCUGCCACAUCAUUCCACUCCUCGCCCAAUCGCGGCGCCUCGGUGCCCCAGCUAUCUGCAAUUCCUGAGCAACGCAUGUCUAUCUCAGAAUGGCGCGCCAAGAUGGGCAUCGACCCUGCCAACCAGAUCAAGCUUGUCAAGCUCUCUCACAUGCGCUACCAGCAUCCCGACCUGGCCAAGAUCACAACAUUUCUGCGGCAUUUUGGCAUGAGCGUGGCGGCAAAGACGGAGACAAAGUUGUGGUAUAAGGGUUAUGGGACGGAUCAAUACGUGUACUACGCACAGUACGGUGAGAAGAAGUUUCUGGGUGGCUGUUUUGAGGUUGAGAGUUUUGCGGAUCUGGAGAAAGCCGCAACUCUACCAAACGCGACUGAAAUACAAAAAAUAGACGACGCGCCGGGAGGAGGAUACAUGAGGUCCUUUACAGAUCCAGAGGGCUUCCAGGUGAAUCUCAUAUACGGCCAGACGCCCAAGGAAGCAGGCCAGCAACCCGAAGUCCUCGUGACAAACUACGAGCAAGACAAGCCACGCAAAGCCCGUUUCCAGAGAUUCACGCUCGGCCCGGCCGAAGUACACAAGCUCGGCCACUUCGGUCUCUGCGUCACCGACUUCGCCGCCCAAGCCGACUUCUACCUGCGCACCUUCAACCUCGUACCCACCGAUUUCCUCUACGCCGACCUCAGGGCGCUCGAAGACCGCGAAGACGUCGCCCUUCCGAAACCCGAAGACCGCAAAGACGUCGCCCUCUUCGCGCACAUCGACCGCGGCAGCACCUACGUCGACCAUCACACCUUCUUCAUGACCGACAGUGCGACCUCCCACGUCCACCACUGCUCCUUUGAGGUGCACGAUUUCGACAGUCAGAACCUGGGCCACGAGUGGCUUGCGCAAGAGGGGUACGAGAGCGUGUGGGGCGUCGGCAGACAUGUUCUAGGCAGUCAGAUUUUCGACUACUGGUGGGACACGACUGGGAACAUGAUUGAGCAUUACACGGAUGGCGAUUUGGUUAAUGAGGACACUCCGAUUGGGUGGGCUCUGGCGCGGGGCGAUACGGAUCUAGCAGUGUGGGGACCGGAUCCUCCGAAGUGGUUUCUGGCAUAG